CGAGUCGGGUUCUAUAUCGAACCCGGAAGUUAAUGGAGUGAAAUUGAGAGGCAGCCCACCACCAAACAAUCCCAUUGCCUUCAAUCUCAACAAUUCUGCAAUUGAAGUUAGGUCUGCACUUCUAAAGAAGGAAAUCCAGCUAUUCUAAUCUGUCUCUCAAACAACAUUUUUGAGCCCAAAUUUUAGUAAAGAAGGAAGGACAAAACGAAGAAGAAGAAGAAGAAGAAAAACUGAAAACUUUGUAAUAAUCAGAAAGAGUCUGGAGCAUUUUACUUCAAUCGGUUGACAUCAAUUUGAGUGCUUAAAUGGGACCGCGGAAUUAGAUGCCCUACCCGUCGACCCGACAUACGAUCAGUGGUGAGAGAGGAGAUUGUAAUGAUGUCGAGACCGAUGCUGCUUGUAUUUCUGUUAAUGGUACUCAUUAUUACAUCUCAGUUUGAAUGGAAACAGCAGCUAGUGAGUGAUGUUGAACCAACUCCUAGUAUGUCUCAGAAGCAGCAGCAGAUUUCUCAGAGAGAAGAAGCUGUAAAAGAGAAGAUUAUCUUGUCACAGGAAAAGAACAUUCAGAGACUGAACGAACUUGUGCGAAGUCUAAGAGAGCAGUUGCAGCAGUGCAGGAACAACAAUGAGUCAAUGAAUGGUUCUCUUAACUCCCUAGCUGAGAACAUUAUUGAACUUGAACAGCAGCAAAUUCUGAUGGACUAAACCGUGUCAUCACUCAUCACAAGUUUGUCAUCCCCAAUUGUAUGUGGCUAUGUGCUAUAUAGGUUGGCAUUUGUUUAUCUGCUAACUUUUUUGGAUCUAGCAUCCCUUUUGAGUUUGAGAACUGAUUUAUGGCUAUUACAGAUAUGCUUUUUUUUUGUUAACAUAUAUUGUCAAAUAUUACUUCGGGGGAACCGGCUAGCCUCUUCAUGGCUUUCUCUUGUCUGCUAAUCUCUGAGAUUUGCCUAGAUGGCUUGACAGUUUACAGCUGAAGAAGCUAUAUAAGAGUUGGAGUACCAAGUAAGUGUCAGAAGUAAAACAGUUAUUAUAGGUGCAUGAUUAUCAUUCUGCAAUACCAAUGACGAAUGCUUUGAUUCUUGGUUGAUAGCUUGAGGUACAUUUUCUAUUUGACAAGAUGAUAUAUAUGUGUGUUUGUAUAUAUAUACAUAUACACACACACACACACACAUUGUAUUUUGUAUGAUCAUGAUGUAACUGAAAGGAUUACAAACACUCCCCAUUUGUACACCAAAAUCAUAUUAGGAUUAUGAUUUCUGAUUCUUUUCACACAUGUAAUGUACCCAUUUCACAACUCUAUUUUGUCAUUAUUGUUUAUUUCUUUUCACUAUAUUGAAGGAACGAUUCCCAUGGAACAA